GUGUGUUUCAACUCGCGUGGCAACCAUCUGCUGACGGCGUCUGCCGAUCGGACCUCUCGACUUUGGGAUGUAGAGACGGGCCAGUUGCUGGACGUUUUAAUGGGGCACACGGACGAAAUAUUUAGCUGUGCCUUCAAUUACGAGGGCGACUAGUUCUACACUUCACCUACUCCGACUCGUGUUUUUUGGCGAGCCGGUUUUCCGGCGUCAACGGACAGAACAACAAAAUUGCACUCUGCGUCAGUCUUCAAGUGGAUCCGUUCUGUUGUCGCAAGGCUGGACGUCGUUAAUUAUUCAGUCGGGCAAAUGAGCACUGCCCAGUGUCUUGUUGAGGACAGCCGAGGAGACGGAUGGGAUGAAUACUUGAUUGACAACGGUACAAUGCACUGCCCAAACUGCAUGGGGCCGGAUCAGGAAUGCUUUGAGGAGUGGAGAAAUGACGACAAGAUACAAAGAUUUAACCCUCAUCACCGUUCCCUAGUCCAUAUUGCAGCUUCAAUAAUGCAGGAUACACGACACUUUGGUCGCGGAGACCUGACCAAAUGUCCUACAUUGUGUGCAUACUAG